AUGUCGUUCUUCCCUGAAGUAUCUCUACUUGACAGAAGUGUUGAUGAUUGGCUAGAAUUGUUAUAUGAUGAUCGGCCGAUGUGUGCGAUUUCUCCGCCAUUCGUCUACGAUGUCGGAAUCACAUUUGCUCAUUUCAUCUCACUUCCUGUCUAUUUCACCGCAAUGUGGUGCUUGUUAGCUCAAAAAAGUCCGCAUUUCAAACAGUACCGAAAAUAUUUGAUGUUUCAUGCUAUUUGUAACCUUGCAUUUGAAUCUCAUAUGUCUAUUAUAAUGAAACCGGUUAUAUACCUUCCUUAUCCGGUUGUCCGUUUCUGUGGGGCUUGGAAAUUUCGAUUCGUUAAUGGAGGCUUAAUUCUUUUUGUAUUCAUCGGAAUCGUUGGUGCCACCGGCUUCUCGAUAUUCGAAAUGUACUUUUAUCGAUUUCAACUGCUUGCUCGCAGCAAUUUGUGUCAAUGGCUAUCGAAAAUCUCCAAUUAUUGUGUCAUUUCAAGAUAUUUAAUUAUUAUUAUUUUAUUCAUUUCUGCAAUUUGUUUGUGUUUCUGCGUCAACGGAGUCUUCCUACAAAAAGAUUUCAAAAAGAAUUUGAAACUAGUGGAAACCCACAAAGAGAUAUUAUGUACAUCUGCAAUGACACUUCCCUCACUUUCGGUUAACGGCAUCAAACCAAUUCAUGUCUUUAAUUUUUUUGCAUUGCUCGCUAUCUUAUUUGGAGCAGCUGUAUGUUUUUUAGCCGGUUUAUCGUCGUUGUUGGCAAUUCAAGAAAUGAUCUUCAAAACUAAAAUAUCGCCAAAAACAUUGGAGAUGCAUCGAAUGUUUCUAUACAGUUUAUUUGCUCAAGUGAUCGUUCAUGGAAUUAUGCUAGGAUUUCCAGUAUUCAUUUAUGUGAUUGUAUUGACAUUCUAUUCAGAAGCUAAUACCGUUGGAUAUUUUGCAAUAAUAAUUGCAAGCACGCAUGGAUGUAUUUCGACAAUCGUUUUGAUGAUAUUCACGAAACCUCUUCGAAUAAUGUUUCGCAGAUUCUUGCAAUUAUUGUUUGAAACAAAAAAUUUGCUGUCUGCAGCUUCGCAAUCGCAAGUCGUCGCUUUGCAAGACAAUUGA